UUAAAGCCCUUUGUGCCAGUCCUAGAGCGCGUCCAGGAUCGUGUUUCUGUGGUGACCGGAGAGACCUUCAACUUUGUGCUCAUCAACAGGUACAAGGAUGGCUGUGACCACAUUGGUGAGCACAGAGAUGAUGAAAGGGAACUGGCUCCUGGGAGCCCCAUAGCCUCGGUCUCCUUUGGGGCCUGCAGAGACUUCCUCUUCCAGCAUAAGGAUUCUCGGGGGAGGCAGCUCUCCCGGAAGGUGGACGUGGUCAGGCUUCAGCUGGCCCAUGGAAGUCUGCUUAUGAUGAACCACCCGACCAACACUCACUGGUACAGUCUCCCUGUCCGAAAGAAGAUUCUAGCUCCAUGGGUCAAUCUGACAUUUCGCAAAAUCCUGCUUACUAAAAAGUAA